GAACCAAGGAGGACCUAAGAAGCGAUACAACGCGGGACACCUCAAAAAGUCAAAAGAAGAGGAAGAAGAAGACCGAGGGGCGGCGGAGACGAGGCGACCACAGCGGACCAUCAUGUCGGACGCGGAGGACGACUUUAUGUGUGAUGACGAGGAGGAGUACGACCUGGAGUACUCUGAGGACAGCAACAGCGAGCCAGAUGUUGAUCUUGAGAACCAGUAUUACAACAGUAAGGCCCUCAAGGAAGAUGACCCCCGGGCUGCCCUCACGUCCUUCCAGCGUGUCCUGGAUCUGGAGGCAGGGGACAAGGGCGAGUGGGGAUUCAAGGCUCUCAAGCAGAUGAUCAAAAUUAACUUCAGAUUGGGAAACUAUGAAGAGAUGAUGUCGAGGUAUAAGCACCUACUCACAUACAUCAAAUCUGCUGUGACCCGCAAUUACAGCGAGAAAUCCAUAAACUCCAUCCUGGACUACAUAUCCACAUCAAAGAACAUGGAACUAUUGCAAGACUUUUAUGAGACGACACUAGAAGCCUUAAAGGAUGCCAAGAAUGACCGACUCUGGUUCAAGACAAACACAAAGUUAGGAAAAUUAUACUUUGACCGGGAAGACUACACCAGACUCUCUAAGAUUUUGAAGCAGCUCCAUCAGUCAUGUCAGAAAUCCGCCGAUUGCUGUCGUUGUCGUAAUGGCUGUGUAAACAAGCACUGCGCCUCACUCGUCUCAUUCUUGACUGAUGAAGGUGAAGAUGACCUGAAGAAAGGAACUCAGCUCUUAGAAAUCUAUGCAUUAGAGAUUCAAAUGUAUACUGCACAGAAGAAUAACAAAAAGUUAAAAGCCCUGUAUGAACAGUCACUUCACAUCAAGUCAGCCAUACCUCAUCCACUCAUUAUGGGAGUCAUAAGAGAAUGUGGAGGAAAAAUGCAUCUUCGUGAAGGUGAAUUUGAGAAAGCUCACACAGAUUUCUUUGAGGCUUUCAAGAACUACGAUGAAUCUGGAAGCCCAAGAAGAACUACAUGCCUGAAGUACCUUGUACUAGCCAACAUGCUAAUGAAGUCUGGUAUCAACCCAUUUGACUCUCAAGAAGCGAAGCCCUACAAGAAUGAUCCUGAAAUAUUAGCAAUGACCAAUCUUGUAGCAGCUUACCAGAACGAUGACAUCAAUGAAUUUGAAACCAUCCUGAAACAAAAUCGAACAAAUAUUAUGGAUGAUCCAUUUAUUAGAGAACACAUUGAAGAUCUCCUGAGAAAUAUCCGCACACAGGUCCUCAUAAAGUUGAUCAAACCAUACACGAGAAUACACAUCCCAUUCAUCUCCAAUGAACUCAAUAUUGAUGCCACUGAUGUUGAAGCCUUACUUGUACAGUGCAUCUUGGACAAUACAAUUGAUGGCCGUAUUGACCAAGUCAAUCAGGUUUUGGAGCUCACGCGAGGAGCAGAGGGAGCUGCCCGGUACACUGCACUGGACAGAUGGACCAACCAGCUCCAGUACCUACAGUCUGUGAUUGUCACUAAGAUGAACUAGUUGUUUAACAGGCUAGUAAUGAACUGCAUACAGCUAUCCUUAAUGAAACAAUACCACUUUUAAAUUAUAUUGGAAUGAAUUAAUGGCUGAGACUUGAAAAUGAUUUUGUUGUUCGAGAAAGUGUUAAUCAGUUCGAAGAAAACAUCAGCAGAGAAAAAGUUGCAGAUUUGGUGAGAUUAUUUUUAUUUCACCGUUAUGUAAACAAAUGACUUUGUAAGGGAGGAUUUGUUACAAAUAAGACUAAAAACUUCUGCAAUAUAAAACACUAUUUUAUUGUGAUAAUAUAAAUGUUUCACAGUAAACAGUGAAACAAAA